CAAGAGUACAAAUUCAUUCUCCUCAUCGUGUUUUGAUCCCUAAACCUUGUCCCUGAAAGUCCCCACCAUCACCAUGUACAAAAUCCUCAAUAAGUCAAAGCCAUGGCUCCUCCGCCGUCCAACUCCGGCGACAUUAAACCAAUUUCAAACAAAUCCUACUCAUCUUCAUCAUCACCGGUCUCGUCAAUACUCCCAAUUGUCCCAGUUGUCUGAACCCACCGACGAUUUGCAGCGGGAAUCAUGGCGAUCGCUGGAAGGACUGGUCCGGUGCUCGGCGAACUAUGUUCCACUUACACCGAUAAGCUUCUUGGAGAGAUCGGCGGAUGUUUACAGAGACCGGACCUCCGUGAUUUAUGGAUCUCUGAGGUAUACAUGGGAAGAAACACACAGAAGGUGUGUGAAGCUCGCAUCUGCUUUAACUCAAUUAGGGAUUUCUCGUGGCGACGUUGUUGCAACGUUAGCACCCAAUGUUCCGGCGAUGCAAGAGCUGCAUUUCGCAGUUCCGAUGGCCGGAGCCAUCCUCUGCACUCUCAACACCCGCCACGAUUCCACCAUGCUCGCAACUCUUCUCACCCACUCAGAGACCAAAAUCCUCGUUGUAGAUCAUCAACUACUAAACAUUGCUUUGCCUGCGAUCAAUCUUCUCAAAAAACCACCUCUCCUUGUUAUCAUCUCCGACGACCCCCUUCCGCCACCCUCUGACCUAACCACCACCGCUUACGAAUACGAAAGCCUAGUAGAGGGUGGAGUUACCGGAUUCUCUGUAGUCCGACCAGCCGACGAAUGGGAUCCAAUCAGUGUAAAUUACACUUCAGGAACGACGUCCAGACCUAAAGGGGUGGUUUAUCACCACCGUGGUGCGUAUCUCAACUCAAUCGCCACCGUGUUCAUGCACGGAAUGGGAGCAAUGCCGACCUACCUUUGGUCUGUACCUAUGUUUCAUUGCAACGGAUGGUGCCUCGCCUGGGGGCUGGCGGCCGUCGGCGGAACCAACAUAUGCAUCCGGCGGUGUGACCCUAAAGACAUAUUCGACAACAUUGAUCUCCACAAGGUAACACACAUGGGAGGAGCUCCGACGGUUCUGAACAUGAUAAUCAACUGUCCUGAAGCUGACCGGAAACCGCUCCCACACAAGGUCGAGAUUAUGACCGGCGGUGCGCCGCCGCCUCCGCUAAUCCUCUCAAAGAUGGAGGAGUUAGGGUUUCGUGUUUCUCAUUUGUAUGGUUUAACGGAGACAUUCGGUCCGGGGACGUCGUGUUCAUGGAAGCCGGAAUGGGAUGUAUUGCCGGUGGAAGAGCGAUUUAAGCUGAAAACACGACAAGGAGUGAGGCAUCUAGGGUUGGAGGGAGUCGACGUUAAAGAUCCGGUGACUAUGGAAAGCGUAAAAUCUGAUGGGAAAUCGAUGGGGGAAAUUAUGUUUCAGGGGAAUACAAUAAUGAGUGGAUACUUGAAGGACAAGAAAGCAACCGAAGAGGCGUUUUCCGGCGGGUGGUUCCGGAGUGGUGAUUUGGCUGUUAAACAUCCAGACGGGUAUAUUGAAGUUAAGGAUCGGUCGAAGGAUAUUAUCAUAUCUGGAGGAGAAAACAUAAGCACGGUGGAGGUUGAAACCGUGAUUUACAGUCACCCGGCGGUGCUGGAGGUGGCGGUGGUGGCACGACCGGACGAUCACUGGGGGCAAACGCCGUGUGCAUUUGUGAAAUUGAAGGAUGGGUUUAAUGUCGCCGGAGAGGAUAUAAUUAAGUAUUGUCGUGAUCGGAUGCCGCGUUAUAUGGCGCCGAAAACCGUCAUUUUUGAAGAGUUGCCGAGAACGUCGACCGGAAAAGUGCAGAAGUUUUUGCUCAAGGAAAAGGCGAAAGCUCUCGGAAGUAUUUCUUGAGAUGCACAAAGUACAACCAUGUGAAGCUGUUGUGUGUUAUCAGAUGUACACGUGUUUUGUAAAUGAAUUGGGUAAUUGAUUAAAAAGUGAGUUUAUUUAAAAGAAUUUUUUUUUUAA